AUGGAGAUAAAAGGACACACGCAUAAUUUAGGAAGAAUUGGAUAUCCUCGUGGCGGUUUGGAAUGCGGUGCUUGUGAUCGAUCGUAUAGUGAUGGUUGCGAUCCAUCGAUUUGCGAGGGCUUCCAUUGCCUUAAAUGCGAAUUUGAAGUUCACACGAAAUGUCUUUUUGUGUUUAACAUACAAGAGACAUUGUUCGAGCACCCUCUUCACGUUGGACAUGGUCUCAAGCUUCUCACAACGGGGGCUCCUGAUCACACCGAUCCAAAAUGCCAUAUCUGCUGUUCUCAAUCCCAUCUGAAUAUGCCGUGGCACAAUCAUACUUUACUCAUGCUUGAUGUUGGUGAUGAUAUGCGAUGCAAAGUUUGUGGUAAGCCCGGAGGAUAUGGCUACUGUUGCCCUCGCUGUUGGUUGAUGGUUCAUGAGAAAUGCGUCUCCGUAUUUGACUCACCAGAGAUCACUCACUCUUGUCAUGCGAGACACUCUCUCAAGCUUCUCACCGAAGGAGCUCCCGACUACACUGAUCUAAAAUGUCAUCUGUGUGGGAAAAAAACUGGAAACUUUCUUUAUCAUUGUGAUAUUUGUAAGUUCAACAUGGAUAUGGCUUGUGCGAUUCGAAGGCCCCUACCAGUGACUCUUUCAAGUCUGAAGGUCCAUGAGCAUACACUCAAACUCAUCCCAAGAUUGAUCUCCUUCGUUUGCGAUGCUUGUGGGAAAAAAGGCGACCGUUCUCCCUAUGUUUGUCUUCAAUGUGAUCUCAUGUUCUUCCAUCAAGAGUGUGCUCGUUUACCACGGGUUAUUCACGUGAAUCGCCAUGAUCACCGCGUUUCUUACAAGUAUCCUCUUGGUCUUGGAGAAUGGAAAUGUGGGAUAUGUUUAAUAAAGAUUGACUGGUCAUAUGGGGCAUAUUCUUGUUCCACGUGUCCUAGUUAUGCUCUUCAUUCAAGAUGUGCAACGAGGGAGGACGUGUGGGAUGGGGAAGAGCUUGAUGGGGUACCUGAAGAAGUUGAAGAUAUUGAGCCAUUCAAGACGAAUGAUGACAACACAAUCACUCAUUUCGCUCAUGAAGAACAUAACCUCAGCCUCAACAAUGACGGUAUUGCUUUGGAGGAAAGCAUCUUGUGUGGAGCAUGUGUUCGUCCCGUUGGUUCUAACGCAUUCUACAAAUGUUCGGAAUGCAGUUUUAUCAUCGAUGAAACGUGUGCUAAUCUUCCGAAGAAGAAACGUCAUUUUCUAAGCCCAAGACCUCUCACUCUACACCCCAAUAGAGAUAACACCGAAACAAUAGUUUGCCAUGCUUGUAUUCAAUGGUGCUGCCAAGGAUUCAUGUAUACUGAUGGAGAUGGGACGUAUGAUUUAAUCUGCAGUUCGAUGACUAUGCCUUUUAUUCAUGGAAGUCAUCCUCAUCCUUUACUAUACCUCCAAGAUAGAAAUAUUAGUGUCAGGGAGAGAUGCCAGAGUUGCCUCGGGGGAUUAUUUGAGGAAUUCCUUGGCUGUAUCGAAUGCAAUUAUUUUUUGGAUUUUCGUUGCGCCACUCUACCAUUAUCGAUAAGGCUUGACAGGUAUGAUGAUCAUCCACUCACUCUUUGUUACGGAGAAAAGGCAAGCGGCAAGUAUUGGUGUGAUAUUUGCGAAAGAGAAACAGAUCCAGAGACUUGGUUCUACACUUGUGAACAUUGCGGGGUUACUUUGCAUGUUUUCUGUGUGCUUGGGAAUCUCAGGUAUGCCAAACCAGGAGGAAAGAUCGAAGGAGACCUCGAAGUGAGGUUUAACAAUACAUCUACACGACCACUUUGCAACAAUUGUCAUUGUCGUUGCGCAGCUCCCUUCUUUUUUGUUAAGGAGAAGGCAGAUCUUUUGAGGAUGAUACUGGAUCUAAGAGUGCACGCUGAUCUUUUGAGAAGGAUAUUGAAGUGCUAUUUGAUUCUUCCUCUUCGAUUAUCUUGUGUUCAUCCGCUUGAGAGGAUAUUGAAUUUGUGUACCCAAUCACACAUUCAUCCUUUUCAUUCAUCGUAUCGGUUUCGUUCUCUAGCUUAA